AUGGCGACGUUGACCCUUCUACUGCUUCUCAGCGCUGCCUUUACACUGGGUGACAUAAUGACUGUGAACAAAGCAAAUGAAUUGGUGAAAUUUGCAGCAGACCAAAGAAACCCAUGCCCCAGAGGCUGGUUCCAAUUUAAUUCACGCUGCUUCAUGUUUGUCAGAACUUCAAGGACAUGGCCCAAUGCAGAGCGCCACUGUCAGUUACUUGGAGAAAAACUGAAGCCUGUGCACAACACUGUAAAGUACCUUGGCGCAAACCUGGCAUCUGUGCACAGCUAUGAAGAGUCCCAAUUUCUACAGGCGGUGGUGUUGAUCGCGACUGGCAGUUUCCCUCUUACCUGGAUUGGCGGAUUUGAUGCUGUUCAAGACAGGCUAUGGUUCUGGAGUGACGGCUCCAAAUUUGAUCACGAGAGCUGGGCUGAAGGGGAGCCGAAUAACCACAAUGGUGCCAGAGAGCCAUGUAUUCAGAUCAACUUUGGAGAACCUGUUUAA